CUAGGUCUCAGUAACAUCAUCGGCAUCAUCGUCUACAUCUCGGCUAACUCUGGCGACCCGGGUCAGAGCGACAGCAAGAAGAGUUACUCGUACGGCUGGUCCUUCUACUUCGGGGCGUUGUCCUUCAUCAUGGCAGAGAUGGUGGGCGUUCUGGCCGUCCACAUGUUUAUAGAGAAACACCGGAAGCAGAGGGCCAAGUCUCGCACCGAACUCAUCAAGAAAUCAGCGUUCAGCCGUAUCCCGUCUUACCGUUACCGCUUCCGCCGUCGCUCCAGCAUCCGUUCCUCCGAGGCGCCCAGCCGGGAUGCUUCUCCCAUGGGGAAGGGGGGUUACAGCGGCCCGGGGACAGCCUCCGACCUCCCCAUGUACACGCUCACCCCCCGCGAAGCCGGAUCUAAGGCCGUCAUGGGGGGAGUGCUCAAUUCAGAGAGGGAGUUUCUACAGGGCGGUACUCUGGCCAAGGACUACGGCAAAGACGCGGCCAAUAGGAGAACCACGCCCGUCUGAGGGAGGCGGGGCCUAGGAGGUGAUUGGAUGGGAGCUGGACGAUGAUAAUGAUGAUGAGAGACAGUGAGGGAGGAAGAGGCGUUAUGAACUUUGACCUCUCUGCAACCUCCAGGGAUAAUUGGCAAAGGGGAAAUUAGACGUUGGUUCCUAACCACUGAUCUAGGAUCAGAUUCCCCUUUUAAAACCCCUAGUGGGAUGGGGGGGGCACUACCCCUUAACCUCAUCCCCUAGUGCAGGGGGCACUACCCCUUAAUCUCAUCCCCUAGUGCAGGGGUGGGCACUACCCCUUAACCUCAUCCCCUAGUGGAGGGGUGGGCACUACCCCUUAACCUCAUCCCCUAGUGGAGGGGGGG